AUGGCAGCCCAGAGCAGAAGUGUCUACGCCUCAGCCCCCUUCAAGUUCAUCGUCGAAGGCGAGCCCCUCUACAUCCACUCUGAUCUCGUCUCUCUCCACUCUAAGCCUCUGGACCGUAUGAUUCAUGCUCCGGUGGCAGAAGCUCAAAAGGGUUUCGCCACUCUAGAGGAUGUUGAUGAGGGUACCUUUGUUCGAUUCAUCGAAUGGGCUCACAAAGGGUAUUACACCGCCGCCGAGUUCACGACUGAUGAGGUUCCGUCACCACGCACAUCUGGGAAUCAGAAUCACGAUGAAGUUGUCCCUACAACCCAGGAGGCUGACUUUCCAGGAGAGACGCUCAGACUUUGCAUCCGAGGAGAACUUUGA